AUGCGAUCAGAGAAGAGAUCAUGUUCGCCACUCCUCUGUGAUGAACUCAUCAAGGAAAUCUUGUCUAGUCUUCCCGUGAAACCUUUGAUCCAAUUCAAGUGUGUGUACAAGGGAUGGAACUCCCUGAUGUCAGAUCCCUAUUUCAUCAAAUUGCACCUUAACAAAUCUGCUCCUAAGGACGAUUUGGAACACCUUCAACUGAUGAAAAAUGUCUGCCUCGGAUCCAUCCCUGAAAUCCACAUGGAAUCGUGUGAUGUAAGUUCAUUAUUCCAUUCCCUACAAAUUGAAACGUUCUUGUUCAAUUUCACAAAUAUGUCAGGUUACCAUCUGGUCGGUUCAUGUAAUGGGUUGCACUGUGGGGUUAACGAAAUACCAGAAGGAUACCGUGUUUGUUUCUGGAACAAGGAGACAAGGGUGAUAUACAGAGAAUUGCCAACGCUGUCUUUUUCCCCGGGCAUUGGUCGUAGAACAAUGUUUGGGUUUGGCUAUGAUCCGUCAAGUGACAAAUACAAGGGUGUAGCAAUUGCAUUGACUAUGCUUUCAAUUGACAUAUCUCAAAAGACAGAGAUCAAAGUUUAUAGCACGGGUGACAGUAGUUGGAGAAACCUUAAAGGUUUUCCUGUUCUUUGGACUUUACCUAAAGUUGGUGGAGUGUAUCUGAGUGGAACCCUUAAUUGGGUUGUUAUUAAGGGAAAAGAAACCAUUCAUUCUGAAAUCGUUCAUCCGCCACUACCAAUCAAUUGCUUGCUUGAAUCGCUGUUUGGAGGUUUGGAGAGCGAGAACACCUGUUCACGAAAGCCUCCCUUUGGUGGAGAGAUUUGGCAAAAGUAUGAGGUGGCGAGGAUCCAACUUUCAAACGUAGAAUAUUGGAGGCUAGGUAGUUGUAGGGAUGCUAAAUUCUGGCUGGACAACCGGAAUGGUGAUACAGUUUUUGGGCUUUGGCUGACAAGUAUAGCAGGUUAUUCACAAAUUCUUGUAAUCCGAAUGCCCUGGUGGCUGAAAUGGGAUAUUGGGUACCCUCCCAAACAAACAAUGUUAUUUUUAGAGGGGCCAAUGGGAAUUGGGAAGCUGUGUUGUGUGGCCGCAUGGGAUCUGGCAAAACAUAGAGCUUGGGCAUGGAUUAAUGCGAAAGGAAAGGAGAUCGAUUGA